CGCUCUCCUCCUCCCUUUCUAUUUAUACCAACUCCAACAAGUGAAAACCCCCAAGUUUCAGUCUUGAAGCUGCUAAAUAUGGCCAUGAAGCUUCCUCUCUUCCUUUUGGCUUCUUUUCUGCUGCUCACUACUUCUGUUACAUCCAAUGAACAAGAGGCUGCAUAUGUUGCCACCACCCCUGCCCCAUCCAAAACCCCACCUCCACCACCACAAGUGAAGCCACCACCGGUAGCCAAACCUCCCACCCCAACACCACCAGUCACCAAACCACCCACCCCAACACCACCAGUCACCAAACCACCCACCCCAACUCCACCAGUCACCAAACCACCCACCCCAACUCCACCGGUGACCAAACCACCCACCCCCACACCACCAGUGACCAAACCACCCACCCCAACACCACCAGUGACCAAACCACCCACCCCAACACCACCAGUGAUCAAACCACCCACUCCCACCCCUCCAACCCCACCAAGAAACACUAAAGAAUGCUACCCACCGUGCCUGGAAAGAUGCAAACUCCAUUCACGGCAGAAUGUAUGCCUUAGAGCAUGUGUGACAUGUUGUGACCGGUGCAAAUGUGUUCCACCGGGACAGUCCGGUAACCGGGAGGUUUGCGGCACUUGCUACACCAACAUGAAAACUCACGGUGGCAGACCCAAAUGCCCUUAGAAUAUUUAGUGUUGUAUGUUCUUUAGCUAUUAUUGUGCUUAAUGUUGAGGAAUAAAAUGUGUUUCAUGUUGCCAGUAGUUUUUAUGUCAAGAAGGAAUUAGGAGCUUCCAUUGAGUA